AUGUCAUCCUUCCUCAACAAGCUCACCAAGCCGGAGCAGCAGCAGCAACACCAGCAAGCUGCCAACACCACCCCCACCCCGACCAACAGCACGGCCGGAGACUCGAGCGUCGUCCAGAACGUCGCCGACCUUGCGGCCCAACUCCAGAAGGGCGACAAGGGCCAGGGCCUGACCGAGGAGGAGCUCCGCACCAAGGGCGCCGAGAUCGGCCAGAAGCUGUACGAGGAGCACCAGAAGAACACCAACAAGACGUUUGCUCAGACGGUCGAGGAAGUCGCUGGCCAGCUCUAUGAUAACAACGAUAACAAAGCCAACACCGAAACCAACAAGAAAGACCUGAAGACUGGUGCUAUUGGUGUCGAGGACGACAAGAACAAGGUCGCCAGUAGUGGCGAGAAGAAGGAUGGCCUGGAACAGGAGGAUGUCGAUGAUGAGUUUGGCACUGACCAGCUGGGGACUGGAAAGACAGGCGAGGAGAAGCUCGAUGCCGGGGGUAGUAAGCGAUACACGCGCAGCAGCGGAAACAAGCAGGCUGAGGACGUUGAGUUCUAG